GUCGGGACCCUUUGUCUGGAAAAACAUUGCAGUCUCCUCAGUCAGAAGUUUCAAAGCUUGCGCCUAAUGUGCAUAAUUGAGAGGGUCAAGGGGUGAAUCGUCUUGUUUUCCCGUCUGUUUGCAUAAACACUUGACCCUUGAUCGCCGAGCUUUGCUUGUAAUUAUUCCUCUGUGGAUGCGUCACACACCGGCGUCAUCACACAAAAGAAGUUACCUUAGACAUAGGACAGGAAACUCGGACCAUUAUCUUAGCUCAUUUCCCCAACGAGAUGGUGACUCGAAACAGCGGCACGAUUUUCGCCCUUCUUGUGGUGUCUGUGAUGCUUCAACUUGUGUUGCAGACAUCAUCAUUUGUCCACUACUACUCCUCCUCCUCCGAAGAGUCCGGAGACGGUAGUGGGGACAGCUCUGAACUGCUGCCCGACUCACUAGAGGAAUACCAACGUUACCGCUCUUCCAGGGGAAGGGUCCCUGACUCCGCUUUUCGUCAAUGGUCCACAUGGUCUCGGUGUACAAGGUCUUGCGUUCAAAAACGGUACCGUGAGUGCAAGAGGUUUCUGCAAUGCGGAGAUGAAAUUCAAACCCAGGCGAGGUUUUGUUCCAUCCCGGGAACGGCGUGCGAGCAGCAGGAGACAGCCACCACUGCUGCCCCUCCUGUCCCACCGACCACCCGGCACCAGGAGCCUGUCACACAGGGGGCUUCUGACGAGGUCGUCUCUGAGGAGUACAUCGAGGAAAACAACGGAGAAGAAGAUGAAGAUCCUUAUCCCGAACAGUCGGAGGGCAAGUUCAACUCGUCUGGCUGCGGUGUCAAACCACAGUUACCUCGCUUCAGGAUCGUGGGGGGUCGGCCGGCCAGACAGGGGAGCUGGCCGUGGCAGGUCGCCAUGUUGGACAAGGACUACUUCGGACACUUCUGCGGAGGAACACUCAUUUCUCCGCAGUGGGUUCUGACGGCGGCUCACUGCUUCCGGCGGAAGUCCACUCAGCGGAAGUCUCUGGUCAGAGUUGGGGAACAUGACUUCAUGACGCGAGAGGACACACAGAAAAAUGCUCAAAUUGCCAAAGUAAUUCUCCACCCAGACUACACACGCGAGACUGAUCACCACGAUAUAGCGCUCCUCAAGCUGAAGAAACCGGUCAAACUGAGCCCUGCCGUCUACCCCAUCUGUCUACCGGAACCAGGAGACUUCCCGCCGGUCGGGACCGGAUGUUACGUCACGGGAUGGGGCAAAUACGUGCAGCCUUCAUUGGUAGGGAGUAACAUUCUAAGAGAGGUCCAGGUCCCCAUUAUUGAUGACGUCACGUGCCGUGAGACGUACGCAGAGUACGGUGAUUACGCCAUCGGACCCGGCAUGUACUGCGCAGGGUACGAGGAGGGCGGCAGGGACUCUUGUGGCGGGGACAGCGGGGGACCCAUGUCAUGUCAACAAGGCGAUAGCUGGACGAUGGUUGGCGUGACCAGCUUUGGUGAUGACGAGUGCGGCCGACCCGGAAGUUAUGGAGUCUACACCAAGGUCAGCCACUACGUGGACUGGAUCCGGUGGGUCAUGGCGGAACAUGGCGGCGAGUGAGCGGGCUGGAGUUUGGGAGACAUCGCUGAUCAUCGUUGACGAAACAUUCUAAUACUGAUACUCUUAUGGUUAAGGCGAGAUUGUUGUGAAUUAACAAAAAGGAAACAUAAGUAGUUAGAAUGUAAUUCAAAGAUACAAUGCUGUACGAGCUUUUGGGUACCCGGGUAUAGAAUAAUUGAAAAUUUACUCUUUUGAGCUCAGUAAUAAUCCUGAAAUAGAAACACUUGAAAGAAUGACACGAGA